ACCAACCCUGAACCCCCUGGCAAUCUGGCAUCCCCGCUCUCUCUCUCUCGCUGCUGCCUCUGCCUGCAUCCCCUCUCUCUCUCUCUUGAUCCUGCCUGCGCCCCUUUCCCUUCUCUCUCUAAAAAAGGUGUUUUUAACUAGGGUUCUGACCCCUUUCUAGAAGCUCCUGGGGUUCUGUGGCAGAGCUAACCCGUGUGGAGGUCGGGGGUCGCCCAGCCGGCGCCCGCUCCGGCGGAUCUGAGGAGCCGCCGCCGUUGGUCUGUCUCCGGUGAGUGGUUCUCCCUCUCCCUUGCCGCGGUGUUUCGGAUGUGGGAUCGAGCUUAUGGCCCACAGAUUCGAGGAGCUGCUUAGGAAUUUCAUUUCCUUUUUGCCUUUCGGUGUUUCCUAUGUGCCUGGCUUGGAUUUUGGGUGUGACUUGGUUUGGUGCGGAUUAAAGAGCCUUGGAAAUGUCCGUUAUACACUAUUUUUAAUCGCUUGGGCUAUGUUUUGUUCUGGAUAUUCAUCAAGUCACCCAAAUGGCAGCUUCUCCUUUUUUUGUCUGGGAAAGAUCUUUUUUUUUUCUUGGGCAACUGUGAAGUAGUUUCUGUUUAAUACGCAUGAACACUGUAUUUGUUUGAGGUCAGUACAUAAGUGAGGUAAGAAAACUGUUUUUGUGGUUUUUUUCUUGAUCUGAAUGAUCAUCAUAUUGCUACUUGCUUUUGCUUCUAGUUUCAGCCUUCAAAGCGAGAUCAUUUUGCAACCUAAUUUUCUUUUUUUAAAAAAAGUUGUUUUUUCUUGCUUAUAUGAUUCGUCAAAAUCUACAUUUUUUUAAUAUCCGAGCCUUGUAUCUUAGGUACAAAGAUGUGAGGUUACUUACUUAAAAAUGUCCGUACUUAAGUCUUUUUGCUAUGAUCCGUAUGAGCACGGUUCCCGAAAAAAAAUGUUUCCUUUUCUUCGAAACUGAGUUUUUAUUUCUUGGUUUGCACCCAUAAGACUUCCUUUUCUGGUCUGGAGCUUUCUAUGCAACUCUUUGGUUAUUUUGCUGGUGAUAAAGUAACCCUCUGCCUUUUCAGAAUAGUUUAACUUAAAUAAAUUAUCAGUGAGCCGUGUUUUUUUUAAUUUCAUUGAUCCAAUCAUUCCUGUGUCAUAUGUUUCGUCCCCAGCAUAGUGUUGCGCAUGCUGUCUUUGGUUGCUUGGAAAAGUGGAGAUAUUAUAGAAUAUGGUUUUCUAAUGAAACAAUGUCCGGGUUGACUAUAAAUUGUGUUUUGUGAUGGUUGCCUUUCACUUUCUUUUGCAUAUUAUCUCUUCUAGGAAUCGCAGUACCUAGUGACAUCGGGAAAUAUAUACUUGUGUUCUUGCAAGCAGUGAGGGGGGAGCUCGAAUUAUAAUAUAUGCUGAGAACACAAGAUUCCAAGACUAGUUGCCUGUACUUUUGUAGUGAGACUUGCAGUUUUUAUGCCUUGGACGGCAAAUUGGGGUGGAGUCUCUGGAUUUAUGAGUUCAUUGAUACCUAGAAUUGUCCCAAUGCAGAUGGCGGCUAUAUGUACUAAUCAGGAAGUAAAUCUAUGUUAUCCAUAAUUUUAUAUUGCUGGCUGCUGAUGUAAGAUGUUGAUGGUGGAAAAUGUUUUGAACCUUUCUCGUGGAUUAAGUUGAAAAAAAUAUUUUUAACUGCUGUGUGGGUGGGUAGUGGGUACCAUGGUCAUAGUUGCUGCCAGUAGAAAAUUUCUGUCAUCACGUCAGUGUCAUACUAUCAAAUACAGUUACACCAAAUCAUGUAUGUGUAGUUCAUAGAAUAGAAGUGCUUACAAUAAUAUUCCUGUUCCUGUCGGAAAAAAAAGAGUCAGAAUAAUUAUUGAUUUAUUCUUUUUAAUAGGUUCUUACUAACGUUGCAACAGGUUCCUUGAAAACUUGGUUGGUCGGGAAACACUCUGAAUACUAGUUUGUUCGCAACAUAACUUGUCCUGAAGCUGGCUUGAAGUUUGCUGAUAGGAAUGAUGGGCGCUCUCUGCGAUUUCUGCGGGGAGCAGAGGUCCAUGGUUUACUGCCGAUCAGAUGCAGCAUCCUUGUGUUUAUCAUGCGACCGUAAUGUGCAUUCAGCUAAUGCUCUUUCUCGGCGCCAUACAAGGACCCUUUUAUGUGAUCGGUGUGCUUCACAGCCUGCUACAAUCCGCUGUCUAGUUGAGAAUACCUCGCUUUGCCAAAAUUGUGACUGGAAUGGCCACACUACAGGAUCCUCAGCUGCUGGACACAGAAGGCAGACUAUAAAUUGCUACUCAGGGUGUCCAUCAUCUGCAGAACUUUCUAGAAUAUGGUCCUUCGUUUCAGAUAUUCCUAAUGUAGCACCUGAGCCGAACUGUGAGCAAGGAAUAAGCAUGAUGAGCAUCAGCGAAAGUGGUGUCAGUAAUCAAGACAAUGCUGCAGGGGACAAUAAUUUGUUUGAUAUAGCUAGUGCAACACUUACGAGUGAUCUUGAUACUUGUGACAAGCCUUUGGUAGGCUCCUCUUCAGGAGCUGGAGUGAACCUGCUUCCACUUGCUCCUGAUCAGACAGCUGGAACCGUGGAUUCAACAACAACUAAGGAUUGCCUCGUACAGGUGCCCUACACUCCAGAUAAAGAUAUGUUUAGCAAGGACAGCAUAUAUGAAGAUUUUUGUGUGGAUGAUGUUGACCUUGCUUUCGAAAAUUAUGAAGAAUUAUUUGGUACCUCACAUAUUCAAACGGAGCAACUCUUUGAUGAUGCUGGAAUCGACAGUUACUUUGAAGUGAAGGAAGUGCCUGCUGGGGAUUCUACUGAGCCCAAGCUGAUGCAGCCUGCGAAUAGUAAUGCGGUAUCUGCUGACUCUGGGAUGUCGAACCCAGGAGUGAAAGGUGAUUCUAGCGUUUGCAUCCCUCCAAGACAGGCUAGGUCCAGUCUGUCUCUUUCGUUUUCUGGUUUGACUGGUGAGAGCAGUGCUGGAGAUCACCAAGAUUGUGUGGUAUCAUCACUGCUCCUUAUGGGUGAGCCUCCUUGGCAGCCUCCUGGCCCUGAAGGCUCAAUUGCUGGAGGUAGCAGAGACAGUGCUAUUACACGAUACAAGGAGAAGAAGAAGAGAAGAAAGUUUGACAAGAAGAUCAGGUAUGCUUCUCGCAAGGCUAGGGCUGAUGUGAGAAAGAGGGUGAAGGGGCGGUUUGUUAAGGCCGGUGAAGCAUAUGACUAUGAUCCUCUCAGCCAAACAAGGAGUUACUGAAGCAUGUGACCUCUCUCUGGUGUUAGGUUAGCAAAACUUAAACCAAGGCUCAAUGCAGCUGGCACAAAAGCACCGACACUCAAGUGAUUGGGCAAGAUAGUGAGCUUGAAAAAAAAGAAAGAAAAAUAUUUGGAUGUUUCAGAAGCUUUUUGGAUGCAGUUCCUCCUUUUUCCUCCUGUACAGUGGAUGGAAUUUGCAUCUUCCGUUGCCUUUUGGGGGAGCGAUUUGAGUCACUCUUCACCUUUUGUGCCUGAAUAUGAGUAAACAGACUCUUGUUGCAUUUUGAUCUCCAUUUGCUGACUGUGGUGUUGGUCCAUAUGGACCCUCGCUGCAGGCGUUCUUACAGAUUAGACUGAUAGCUGUAGAUCUUACCUGUGAAAUUUCAUGCUGUAUUUUGCUUAUUAUUAUGUGUAAACUUCGCUGGGAUCUGGAGCGUUUCUGGUAUUGUGAAUGUGUAAAUACCAGGUGGGAGACAUACUGGUGGUCAGUUUGAUAUUUUUUAGGCUGGUGAUGGAACCAAGAAUGCAUGUGACUAGACACGGGACACCAACUUUCUGUAUUCACUCUGCCCAAACCAACCUCCAGACUGACUCGAUGUUAUUAUUUGUACUGAGCGAGUUUGUGCUCAAACCUCAAAUACGUCCUUAUGUAACAAACCACAAUAUUUUGGAGGUUAAUCUUGUCCUUUAUGUUUUUA